AUGUCGUCAAAUUUCUUCAGCAACAAAGCUCGGGCAGCAGCUGUGGGGAUAGGCAAUUCCAAACCAAAAGCUUCAGAGAAAGAGGCGGAUAAUACAAGGUUGCAGCCAUGGGUUGAGAAAUACCGGCCGAAAACACUCGACGAUGUAGCUUCUCAGGAACAUACAAUCACCGUCCUUCAGCGCACAUUACAAGCUUCAAAUCUACCACAUAUGCUCUUCUAUGGACCCCCGGGCACCGGAAAAACCUCCACAAUCCUCGCCCUCUCCAAAUCCCUCUUUGGCCCACAACUCUACCGCUCCCGCAUCCUGGAGCUCAACGCCUCCGACGAACGCGGCAUUAGCAUCGUCCGUGAGAAAAUAAAGGACUUCGCACGAAUGCAACUCUCCCAUCCUCCCGUCUCAGACACCGCCUAUUGCGAAAAAUACCCCUGCCCGCCCUUCAAGAUCAUCAUUCUCGACGAGGCAGAUAGCAUGACGCAGGAUGCGCAGUCGGCCCUGAGACGCACGAUGGAACGAUACAGUCGCAUCACACGCUUCUGUCUCGUGUGUAAUUAUGUGACGAGGAUCAUUGAUCCGUUGGCCAGCCGGUGUAGUAAAUUCCGCUUCAAGGCGCUGGAUGGGUCGGCUGCGGGGAGCAGGUUGGAGGAGAUUGCAAGGGUGGAGAAACUUAGGCUUGCUGAUGGGUGUAUUGAGACAUUGAUAAGGUGUAGUGAGGGGGAUUUGCGGCGGGCUAUUACUUUCAUGCAGAGUGCGGCCAGGCUGGUGGGGUCUGGACUUGUAUCUAAGCCACCUCCGGGUAAGGAUGAAGGGGGGGAUGAGGAUAUGGCUGAUGCUGGCGACGAAGGUGUGAUUACUGUGAGGACUAUUGAGGAAAUUGCGGGAGUUGUGCCGGACGAUAUUGUCAACCGAUUGGUUAAGGCGCUGCAGCCGAAGAAAGCCCGUUUGCCGUAUGAAGAGGUUUCAAAGGUGGUUACUGAUAUUGUGGCAGAUGGAUGGAGUGCUUCUCAGAUGCUAACACAGCUGUAUCAAAUUAUCGUGUUUGACGAUUCUAUAGAGGACAUCCACAAGAACAGCAUUGUUAUGGUAUUCUCUGAGUUUGAUAAACGGCUGAUUGAUGGCGCGGACGAGCAUCUUACUAUCCUAGAUCUCGCAUUGAGGAUAUCGGAAAUAUUAGCACGGCCUACAUGA